CAUGUUUAACUUCCUGUUUUCAGAAGUUAUACCUGAAGUGAUAAUAAAAUUUCAAAAGAAGCAGAUGUCUAUGGUAUACUUUGUGUGAAGUGCUUUAAAUGGAUACGCGUAUCAUUGUAUUUACCCUGAGUUUUCUACCAGCAGCUUUGACAACUAAAGUAGUGACUGAUGGUCAUUGGAGUGCUUGGACAAAUGUAACACUUUGUUCGACAACAUGUGGCGAUGGAUACAUCAUUAGAACUCGUACUUGUGAUAACCCGCCUCCUGUCAAUGGUGGAAACAAUUGUUCAGGUCAAUCUACUGAUAAAAUACCUUGUGACGAGGGGAUUUGUCCGAGUGUCGACGGUAACUGGGGACAAUGGGGAAAUUUAAGUGCAUGUUCUAAAACCUGUAGUAAUGGUACAGUGACUAGAAAUCGGUCCUGUGACAGUCCUGCGCCAGAAAAUGGAGGUUUAGUUUGUAAUGGCUCCUAUAGAGAAAGGUUAACCUGCAACGAAGGAGCAUGUCCAACAAUUAAUGGUAGCUGGGGGGCAUGGUUAAAUUAUAGUGAUUGUUCUGUGAGCUGCGGAGGGGGAACACAGUUUCGUCAGCGACAUUGCGACAGCCCUUAUCCACAAUAUGGAGGACUAGAUUGUGAAGGCACUUCUAUCGUAUCCCGUCUUUGUAAUGAAGAUGACUGUCCAGGUAUGGACAAUAGAGGAAAAGAAUUUAUUCUCGGCUUUAUGCCAAACUUAGGUGGAGCAAACGUGCAACUUUUUAUAACAACUGAUAACGAUAAGGACGUUAACGUGAAAAUAACAACACCAUUGUUCAAUCCGCUUUUUUCCAAAUCCGUUAUUAGUCGAAAAGGAACAGUUAAAAAGAUAGAUAUGGAUGUCUCUAUCAUUGGUACCUCUGGACUAGAAAAUAAAGGGAUCCAUAUUACUGCAGAUGAUGAUAUAAUAGUGUAUGCCAUCAACAAAGCUACUGCUUCUACUGAUGCUUAUCUUGCUUUACCAACUGACACUCUAGGGCAGGAAUACUAUGUUGUAUCCUGGUCUUCAAGGUCAACUUUUAUGAUUAUUGGAACGGAUGAUACAACAAAAAUAAACAUAAAACUAGGAAAUAAAAGUCCUUCAAUUGUUGUUGAUGGAAAUCCCUAUGGAUCUGGGUCAUCCUUUGAUUUUCAGCUUAAGAAAUACCAAACUAUAACAGUGACAUCAUAUUAUAGUGGUGAUUUUACAGGGACUCAUAUAUUUGCGGAUACAUUUGUAACAGUUCUUGGGGGUAAUCUUUGUACAAGGGUAGGUGCAGGUGCUUGUGAUCAUUUAGUACAGCAAAUGCUUCCAAUAGAAAAAUGGGGAAAAGACUUCGUGACCAUAGGCAUGCCGGAUUGUAGUUCACCUGACACUUACAGGAUAGUUGCUAGCCAACACAAUACACUUGUGAAUAUUUCCGGUCAAAUACCAAUAAGGCUAACUGAAUCAGGAGAUUUUCAUACGUUUAAUUUGCAAGAUCAAACAUCGAAUACAGUUUCAUCAGAUAAACCAAUAUCCCUUGCUUUGUUUGCAAAUGGUGGAUGUAGAGGGUAUUUGGGAGAUCCAGCGAUGAUACUUAUUCCACCUAUCCAACAGUUUUCAUCUGACUAUACAUUUUCUACGAUAACUGUCGACGGUAAAGAUUUGAUAAACUCACUAGCCCUUGUCAUUGCAGAGACGUAUAUAUCCGGGCUACUUCUUGACGGUCAAAAGUUACCUACAACGAAAUGGUAUGCAGUCGAAGGACGACAUGAUAUCAAAUAUACGGAGCUCAGAAUCUCUAGUGGGGCCCAUUCUGUUUACCAUGUAGAUAAAUCGGUUACAUUUCUUGCCAUAUCAACAGGAAUAGAAGAGUACAACUCAUACGGGUAUCCUGCUGGGCUAAAUUUCAAAUCUACGACAAUGAACUGCAGUGAUGAUAAUGCAGGAACAUUGACAAAAAAUGGUGGUCAAGUUUGUGAUCUUGGAUUAGAUCCUUGUAAAGACAGUUAUUGUUUGAACAACGGAACAUGUGUACCAAUUGGUUGGACUGGUUAUAAAUGUAGUUGUCCAGACCACUUUUCGGGACAAAUCUGUGAGAUAGAUUUAUGUACACCAUUUCCCAGUGAUGUCGUCUUUGUUGUCGAUAGUUCCAGAAGUAUGGGGAAGGAAUUUUUUGAAAUGCAAAAGCAAUUUUUAAUAAAUUUAACAAAAUCCUGGAUAAUUGACGAUAGCCAUUUCCAGAUAGCAAUUGUAUCCUUUUCAAACAAUUCAAACGUUGAAUACAAUUUUGAAUUCCUUAGUAAUUCAACAGAUCUACCAAAAAUGAUUUCAAAUCUUGAAUAUCAUGGCCAAGUAUCUCAGCUUCAUUUAGGCAUUAAAGAAGCUGGGAACUUACUGAAAUCAAGAGAUCGCAAGGUGUAUUAUACUAAAGUUAAAAAGUAUCUCAUAGUUAUAUCUGAUGGACUCACGUCAACACCACAAGACUUAAAAGCAGUAGAUAUAAAUGAUCUAAAAACUCAUGUGGUGGCUUUAGGGGAGGAUGUGUCGCAUUAUUACCUAAGUAGAAUAACCAAAGAGAUGGCAGAGGUUUACCCGCCUAACAGUGAUCGACUAUGGCAUCAGAUGCUGCUAGAUCUUAUACACCCUGUUUGCAAUGUUUGUAACGAAUCAAAUGAAACAGACCUGUUGAUUGCAGUAGAUGUAUCACGUGAUAUGGACAAUACAGACUUAACAACCGUGAUCCCUUCACUCAUGAUCAAACUGUUGACAUAUAUUGGCUUAGACAAUGUUGGUCUCCGAUUAUCUUUGCUAAACUUCGCCGAUCAAGUUGAUGUCAGAUUUACAAAGCAAACAUAUUCCAAUGACACAAAAUCCCAUACAAUACAAAGAAUGUCUUAUUUUCCCCGCAAAAUGACUAAAGUCUCAAAUUUUAGUGACAUACUUGGUCAUGUGGUCAAUUUAUCGAACGAUACAGACAAUGAAGCUAGAUUUUCGACUAAAAAGAUCAUUUUAUUUAUUUCGGAAUUUAAAUUUGAUAUUGAUGAAAAAUCAAAAGAUAGAAUUAGCAAACUAAUGAGUGAUUCAUCUGAGAUAUUCACAAUAGGUCUGAAUUUAGAGGAAGAAUCGUUUCAAAAUAUGUUGGACAUUUCAUCUUCAUCCUUUCAUGUCGGAACAGUUGGUGACAUGUUUGCCAACCAGAUUGACACUUUCAUGGAAGCUUUUGUUGAUCAACUAUCAUAUGUCAAAUGCAAUGUCAAUUAAUCAUUGGCAACUGUCAGGAACUCUUGUUGUGCCAAUACGACUAAUUUAAGUUGGGAAUAUUGAUAAUGUGAAAUUGAAGUUAUACUAAAAUCAGGGAUGAGAUCAGUAUUUUGUUUCAAAUACUUAAAAUGAGAAAAAAUAUGUAAAAUACAAACUUGUUCAUAAAUAUUUUUCUACUAA